AUGCAAGUAGCAGAAAUCCUCUCAGACAUCAACUCCCUCCGCGUCUGCGGCCACAAUGAGGCACUCGCACUAGUCAACGUGCACAAAAAAGGUGCGAAUCCAGAAUCUACCGGCGCUGCCAAUACGCCAACGGACCAAAAUGACCUCCGUCGUGCAAAGGAGCUCGUGGAGCUGCAUUACGAAGUCAAAGCACGUCACGCUAAUGGCACUGUGGAUGAGGAGUUGAACCGCGCUCGUGAGGAUGUUCGACGUGUCCUAAGAGAUUUAUCGACUGUGUGA